ACAACCAGCCAACCAGCGAGGAGUGGGCGGGACCUGGUGUCUGAGCAGCUUGCGGCGAACCUAGCUAGUUAGCCUAGCAUAAGCUAAUGCCACGGAGCUAUGACAUGCUUGGAUACACACAGCCAUGCUAUUUCCAACGGCGGCUAACGUAACCUGGAAAAUUCUUUAACUUGGCCGCUCUCCGGUCACGUCGCCGGGCUGUUUCGGUGAGGACUACGCACGGAGGGAGAGACGAAAAAAGGUGGCCGUCGGUGAGAAGAAGGUCACGUUGUGCAAGAUGACGGAAGAGGUGAUAGUCAUCGCCAAGUUUGAUUACAUGGCCCAGCAGGACCAGGAGCUCGACAUCAAGAAGAACGAGCGCCUCUGGCUUCUCGACGACUCCAAGUCCUGGUGGAGAGUUCGCAACGCCACCAACAAAACGGGCUUUGUGCCCUCCAACUAUGUGGAAAGGAAAAACAGUGCCAGGAAGGCUUCCAUUGUCAAGAACCUCAAGGAUACAUUGGGAAUCGGAAAGGUGAAGAGCAGGAAGGGGGGCGUGAGGGAUACGGCCUCCAACGCCGACGCCGACAUGUACGCCGACAACGGCGAGCGCCUGUACGACCUGAACCUGCCGGCCCUGGUCAAGUUCAGUUACGCGGCGGAGCGCGAAGAUGAGCUCUCCUUGGUCAAAGGCACCCGGGUGGUGGUGAUGGAGAAGUGCAGCGACGGCUGGUGGCGCGGCAGCUACGGCGGGCGCUCCGGCUGGUUCCCGUCCAACUACGUGACGGAGGACGUGGACGGGACGGCCGCAGGAGUGGGGCCCGGCGGCGGUCCGGGGGACCCGUCGGGAUCGCUGGCGGAGAAGCUGGCGGCCGUGGUGAACAGCGCGGCGGCCAACGGGAACCGGGUGUUGCACACGGUGCAGGCGCUCUACCCCUUCGGCUCGGACAACGACGAGGAGCUGAACUUUGACAAGGGCGAAGUGAUGGAGGUGGUGGAGAAGCCCGAGAACGACCCCGAGUGGUGGAAAUGUCGCAAGGCCGACGGCCAACUGGGCCUGGUGCCCAAGAACUACGUGACGGUGCUGGACUCGGCCUCGCACAAAACGGCGGCGGGGCCCGCCGGCCCGCCCACGCCCGACUGUGACUACAUUUCGCCGUCCGGUAGCGGGCGAUUCGCCGGCAAGGAGUGGUACUACGGGAAGGUGACGCGCCACCAGGCGGAGGUGGCGCUCAACCAGCGAGGCGCCGAGGGGGACUUCCUCAUUCGAGACAGCGAGUCAUCGCCCAACGACUUCUCCAUCUCGCUGAAGGCGCAGAGCAAGAACAAGCAUUUCAAGGUGCAGCUGAAGGAGAGCCUCUACUGCAUCGGACAGCGCAAGUUCAACUCCAUGGAGGAGCUGGUGGAACACUACAAAAAAGCGCCCAUCUUCACCAGCGAGCAGGGUGACAAACUCUACCUGGUCAAGGCCCUCUCCGCCUCCUGAUCCCAACAACGCAAAUGUAAAUGUCUCACACACACACACACACACACACACACACACUCGCACACUAUACAGCCCGGAAGACACACUAACAUCAAGCCUGAAGACUUUACACGUCGUCGGGACUUCUUUUGCCUGGUUGAGCAUUCCAAGAGGAGAAUGGGAAAAAAGGCAUGAGAGGAGGAGGAAUGAUGGGAGUGUUGGGAGACGAGAAGAAGAAGAAGAAGGAAAAAGAAAAAGACUAAAGACUCCUGAGAGCGGAUGAUGGACCUCUUGGCCACUUAUUUAUGUGCUCCAGAUGUGUUUGCUGGCAGUGGUGUAUUUCCACCUCCAUAGCUUAGUCGCAUUUAGUUUGUCGAAAAUGUAUACCUAAUCCUUUUUAACCAUUUCUUUUUAAAAAUGUGACUUUUUGUUGUUGUUUGUUUUAACUGUAAACCGAGCCCCUCCGCUAUGAAGCUUUUUUUUCUCUCUCUCUCCCCAAGAUCUCACGUUGUUAAGGCAAAUCAUGGCAACUGCUAGUUAAGCGACCAAAAUCUAUUUAUUAAUUCUGCUGCUUGUAGAAAGAAUGUGCAUGUCCUUUUUGGUGGUGUGGGGGGGGGGGGGGGGGGGGCGGAGCUACCUGUAUUCCCCCCCAAUUGUCAGACCCUUCAGAGGAACUGUUGAAAGUCCAGAAAUGUUUCAGUCACAAGUGUCCAGAAUUUUUGAGGCCUUUCCGUUGUAUUUAUUUCAUGCUUUUGAGGAGACAUGUUUUGUGUCAAUCAGCCCCCCCCCCCCCCCCCACACACAAACACACACAAACAGUUCACAAAUCUCAAUGCAACUCUGCUUACAUUUUGGCUUUGGCUCAUACGCGAUAAUGCCUCUGCAUGGCGUUUCAGGCCAUUGCUCGAAAGGGGCUCUGGAUCUUCACCCACCCAAGCAGGUGAUGUCAUUGGUGAAGAAACUCUAUUCUUUUUUGUAAAUGAGCUCCACACGCCAGACAUCCAGCGGUAUACCAGCCAUUAAAACUCAAUAUUCUACCAUAUGGCUCCUUUUUAGUAAGGCCCGUUCGGUUCCCCGCCCUUGUUCACAUGGAUGCUACACGGAACAUAGCAUGUCCAACCUGGUAUUCAUUGCAGGUGUUAGGAGGUCAUGUGAAAAACAAUCAAUCGUCGGACGCUUUAACUUGAGAAAGUGGGCCUGCUGGGAAGGCCUUGGGGGGGUGGCGGGGGAGGCUUCAAAACACCUGCCUUCUCGGCAGAGCCGCGGGGUAAACGGAGUCCAAAAGAUGAUGUCACUGUGCUAAAUUAGCACGGCCGAAGGGAACGAACGAGGGGGAGGUCUUUAUCGCUGGCAAUGUGCCGGUUGUGCUUUGGAAGUGCGAGAUUCCAUCUGGCAGAGACACGGGAGGGUGCUGUUAUUUGUCGCUUUGUCGAGUAGAAAAGUGUCUUGUCGUAAUCCAGAAUGAGCGCUGCGCAUGCGUGUUUUCUCCGAUGAUGACUUGUCCAUCUGGAACGCGAGGGAGGAAGAGGGAUUUCAGAUGGGGGUGGGGGGAAGCAAGCGUUCGAGGGAGGGAGGAGGAGAUUGGAGUCCCGUUUAGUAGCGCAUCUGGAAUUAUGCUCCUCGUCCCGGUUUGGGUGGGGAACGGAGAUAGAAUUUCCACGCUCUCCAGGUGUGCGUCGAGCUAAGCGAUGACUCGCUAAAGAGGGGAGGCCAUGCCGGCUUUUAGAUUUAGAAUGGGAGCUGCUUCACAUUCUGGGAUGAAUCAACCGCAAGGUUUUUGUCCAGUAAACGCUGUUUUUGCUCUGCACACAAAAAAAAAUUCAAGUUCCUCACAGGAUCCAUGUUACGUUGCGUAUUAUUAUUAUUAUGGGCUCUUACGUUGUUGUUGUGACACUUCAGAGUCUUGUGAAACUUCCCCUCUUGUGUCCAACCUGUGACGUAAAGCGACUAAUGCAAUGGAGGAUUUGGGAGAUUUUGUUUUUUUUCAUUCACGUGCCUUUACAGCUUUUUGUCAACCAAAGUGUCAUUUUAUUUGUUUAUUUUGGCGAGUCUACAUUGUUUACUUGCCAUGUUGCGUGGCGUUUGUUUUUAAAGCAGCGGUGUUGAACCUACGGCCCCGGGGCUCAUAUACGGGCAACUGGAGCUAGACCUUUCGGUCAGCCAUCCAAACAAAGACUGUUUCAUAAGGCUGGACAUGCAAUUUUCCAAACAUAUAAACCCACUCACCUUAAAAAUGUACCUCAGUUAUUUUCUCCUGAUAUAUCAAUAAUUUGUUCCUUGAAGGGUUUUAUAAAGGUUCUCCACCUCAGCUUUAAAUCAGUCCGUGUCGCAUAUGAGUUAUCGGGUGUUCGUCGUCAACUGAAUUUUUAAAAACAUUUUUAUUUAUUUUUUGAUCCUUUUCUCCCCAUGCCCCCUCCCCACCCAGAUCCAUAAAAUGCCCUAGUUUUCAAGUGUCCUUAGAUAGCAACCAUAAGUGAAUGCCUCCAUGUACAGUUGAGAGAAAUCGUGCAUUGGAGAAGUACGGAAGCAAGUCAAGUGUCACGUUUGUUUCAUUCAUUUUUUUUCCUGUGUAGCCACCCACAGUAGAUUUGUAAAAGCCACAUGUAAAUGUUGGGAUUGAAAUACAAGAAUGAAGCAGACUCUCGCUGCUUUUUACAUUUGUAUAUAACGGCCGUAGCGUUUGUCUCUGCACCAAUGGAGCCCGCUUGGGCAGUGGAGAGAACAAAAAUCUGCUUCAAAUACGUCGCAAACCACUUGAGACAAAUAUACAAAUAACCCGUUUCCUAAUGUUGCUGCUUACCGAGGGCUGCUUACAUAAAAAUGUAAGCAGCAGCAGACAACCCCCACCCGGCUCUUGGUGUGCGCAAAUCUGAAGCAAGUAGAUCUACGCCGGUGUGGAAUGGUAAAAAAAAGCAGUGCUGUGAAAAUGUUUUGACAUGCUCUUGAUGCUGUUUGAACAGAGGGGAGAGCGUCUUCAGGUGUUACUUAGAAGAAAUUAUUAGUAUUUCAAAAACGUAAUAAACGACAAAAUAAAGCCAUGAAAUUGUGUUUUAAUGUGCAAA